CUUCCCUUGCGUGACCAGCCAAGCGACUUGCAUUGCCUGUCAAUGGUUCAUAUGGUCAGCGAGCAUCAACACAUCACCAAAUCCACCUUGACUUGAAGCGCCUUUCGUCCGAGGCUUUAUAAACCGGAUUCACUCUUUGACAAGUCUUACGACCGAGAUUUACCAUUUAACCUUGUCACCUAUUCUGUCAGCCUAAUAACAUCCCGCAAAAAGACAAUUUUCAGGUUCUAAGAUGAACAUCGAGGCCAUCGUCGCCAUCCUCACAUUGGUAGUCGCCCUGCCCCCGACAGUUUAUAUCAUCAACAAGUGGUACAAAAGAGCCAGAAACAGAACCCCUUUGCUUCCAUCAACCCACUCACAUAGGGAUAUGAGGCCAGUGAGACGCCAGUCGCGUCUCCUCUACUCUAUGACAGAUCAGGCUGUUAUUUUAGGCCUUCAACUAGAAGAGGGAAUGCUGUACGAGUAAACUCAAUCGAUUGGACUAUUGAGUUAAGGUUCUUUCCCUGAGGCUAUGUAUUGAUGCCGUGUGAUUCUGAAACGCUGCUGCAUUGAAAAACAGUUCUGUUAUUGCUAGUCCACUAUUGCUCAAGAUGCAUGCGCUUCAUCACAACAGCAAACUCUACAACUAUAACUGGCCUUGACCAGACAGCGGCUAAUAGGCAGACAGGUGUUGAACCAAAGGACC